CCGCCGCCUCCGCUCUCCCCUACUGCAGGCGGCGUGUGCGCAGGAGAAGCGGCGUCGCCGUGGGGGCGACUGGACUUCGGCGCGGCUCCUCGAGGGUCCGGCCUCCCGGCGCGCCGGGCGCGCAACGAUGAGGGCGCGGCCGCAGGUCUGCGAGGCGCUGCUCCUCGCCCUGGCCCUCCAGACCGGCGUGUGCUGUGGCAUCAAGUGGCUGGCGCUGUCCAAGACGCCGGCAGCCCUGGCACUGAACCAGACGCAGCACUGCAAGCAGCUAGAGGGCCUGGUGUCUGCACAGGUGCAGCUGUGCCGCAGCAACCUGGAGCUCAUGCACACCAUCGUACACGCUGCCCGUGAGGUCAUGAAGGCCUGCCGCAGGGCCUUUGCAGACAUGCGCUGGAAUUGCUCCUCUAUUGAGCUCGCCCCUAACUACCUGCUUGACCUGGAGAGAGGGACCCGGGAGUCGGCCUUCGUGUAUGCCCUGUCGGCGGCCGCCAUCAGCCACGCCAUCGCCCGGGCCUGCACCUCCGGCGACCUGCCCGGCUGCUCCUGCGGCCCUGUCCCAGGUGAGCCACCCGGGCCCGGGAACCGCUGGGGAGGAUGUGCGGACAACCUCAGCUACGGGCUCCUCAUGGGGGCCAAGUUUUCCGAUGCUCCUAUGAAGGUGAAAAAAACAGGAUCCCAAGCCAAUAAACUGAUGCGGCUACACAACAGUGAAGUGGGGAGACAGGCUCUCCGUGCCUCUCUGGAAGUGAAGUGUAAGUGCCACGGGGUAUCUGGCUCCUGCUCCAUCCGCACCUGCUGGAAGGGGUUACAGGAGCUGCGAGACGUGGCCACUGACCUCAAGACCCGCUACCUGUCGGCCACCAAGGUAGUUCACCGACCCAUGGGCACUCGCAAGCACCUGGUGCCCAAGGAUCUGGAUAUCCGGCCUGUGAAGGACUCAGAGCUUGUCUACCUGCAGAGCUCGCCUGACUUCUGCAUGAAGAAUGAGAAAGUGGGCUCCCACGGGACGCAGGACAGACAGUGCAACAAGACAUCCAACGGCAGUGACAGCUGUGACCUCAUGUGCUGUGGGCGCGGCUACAACCCCUACACAGACCGAGUGGUCGAGCGGUGCCAUUGCAAGUACCACUGGUGCUGCUACGUCACCUGCCGCAAGUGUGAGCGCACGGUGGAGCGCUAUGUCUGCAAGUGAGGCCCCGUACCCACCACCCCAGCCCAAACACGGACUCCCUCUGGGAACCCUUGGCAGCCAGGGCAAGGGGCCUGGAGAGACACCCAGUGGAUUUUUGCUUUGAAACUCCAGAUAGGGGUGCGAGUUGUGCCUUGCCCAUUCUUGGAAGCCACCAGGAAAAGAAGGCCUGGCCACUCUGGCCAGAGGGCUGGGACAUCAAAGGAAAUCGACAAGAUUAAAAAUAACCUGGCAGCUGAGGCCCCGGGCGCAGGAGUGCCCACA